UAACACUACCUUUUUACACGAGAACAUCAUUGGAACGCUUUAAAAACUGCUGAAAAACGAUUCUGUGUGCAAAUAACGAGUAUUCUGUAAAUAACGACUACUAGAGUUGAUUGCACGAGAAAAUCGUCUGCUCUGCUGUCCCAUGUUUUCAUUUGUGUUCAAAACACUCCCCUUUUUUUCCUCGUGGAUUUCGUUAUUUUUCUACAUCUUUUUCUUUGAACAUUAGGAUUUAUUAAAGAAAUGGCUAGUCAAACUACGGACGUCAAUAUUCAUGUUACAUAUUGUGUCCCCUGUGGAGGUAAAACUGCAUUUGAUGAGAUGGCAGAAGCAAUUAAAGGUGGCGUCCCAACAGCAAAUGUUAGCGGCCAAGAAGAUGAUCGUUCAGGGGCAUUUGAAGUACACAUUAAUGGAAAAAAUGUUCAUUCAAGACUUCAGACCUUGGCAUAUCCUGAUGUAGAUCAUACUGUAGAAGUUAUUAAAAAUGUAUCUCUCGGAGGACCAGUACCUAACUCGCUCGUCCAGAAGCCUAUAACAGACUGCAUUAUAUCCUAAGAUAACUGUUUUAUAUGUUCUUUAGUUAGAAUAAAAAAUCAAGUACUCUACUGCGUA